GUCUCUCUCUCUUUCUCUCUCUCUCUCUGGUUCAGGUUUUGUCAGUACUGCGUCUCGAUGCAGAUGCUCCAGGUGAAAUGAAUAAGGCACCUCAGCCUCUGUCAGGACCCCCCUCCGCCCCGCUUCCCGCGCCCACCCCGGGCCUGUCCCAGCCCAGUUUUUCUCCUGUUCCGCCAAUUGUGUUCGGCACCCCUCCGCCACAGAUGAACCCCGCCGCCCAACCCCGACAGUUUGCCUCAGGUCCUAGGGCUUUACCACAACAGGGAGGAUUCAGGUCACUGCAGCCGUACUAUACCAGUCGGCCCACUUUACCCGCCAAUUCUGGGCGUGUCCAGCCAAGCCCCGCCCCUCCGGCCCUCCCUGCAUACGCAUGA